AUGGAUGAUUCGUCAAUUUCACUUGGAAUCAACAAACUAUCAGAGGCAUCAGUGAGUCCCUUAGGACAGAACUCUGUUUACGAGUUAGUUGAGAACACCAAUUACAGACAUAGGGCAACGGCGACGGGAUUGCUCACGAUAGGGAGCUCUUCAGCAUCAGUUAAUGUGAAAGGACCAUCAAUUAAAGAUAUUCCAGCUACGUCACUCACUAAGAUCAAGAAAGUGAAAGAUCAACAGUUUGGGCCUUAUUUAAACACUAUCGCAGAUGCCUACAAGGAAUUUCAUUCACAUAAGACGUUAACUGAGUCAACUUUGGAAGCAUUUAUGACUCAACUUAGUAACGAAGAAAGAAAAAAGGAGAAGGCUAGGCGCAAGACGGCGAAUGCUAGCGUUAAUACAGAUUAUGGUCUUACAGAGGAGGAAGAGGCUCAAAUGGAUAGUAAUUCGUUGGAACAGGUAUCUUCAGUGUACUUUUCAGACGAUUUUCGCUUGGAUGAUCCCAGAGUGUUCAAUGAAGUUGUUGGAAAUGCUAUUAUUCUUGAGGAUACGGUCGAUUUCAACGAAGAUGGCCAGCAGAAACCGCUGAUAAACAACGAAGAAGUUCAAGAUAAGCUUUCUUCAUACUUAGAUAUUGUUGAAAUCCAUUUGAUUCAUGAGAUUUCGAAGUCUUCAGGCUCAUUUUUCAGUGCUUUGGGUGAUUUAAAGAAUAUUACAAAGCAGUCCGAUUCUUUGACAAAUCAGCUUCAUAAUGUGGAUUCAAAAUUGGAAUCCCUUGAUAAGGAUCGUGCCCAUGUUGCCAUUCAGAUGCUUAAACUGACCCAAAAGCGUAACAACGUUGAGAAACUUGAACAGGCGUUGCUUCAAAUCAGUACCAUUUUGCAGCAAGCUGAUCUGGCUGAAUCUUCCUAUUUCAAUGCUAACUAUGAGAAGGCGCUUCAACUGACGGAAGCUGUAUUUUCACUUAUCAAUGGCAAUAACCCAAAGAAUCAGAUCGUGGAUAAGAUAACUUGUCGAUGGCCAUAUCCUCUUUUUGAUCUGAGUGCGGUUCCUGCGUUGACCUCUUUGAAGAGGCUUUUGGGAAAUUUGACAACAGAUACAGGAAAGUCACUUGCACGUCUGUUUGGCGAUUUCCUGCUAGAGGAUUUGAGAAGCCACUACGAAAAUGCAUCUCGUGCUGAAGUAAUGGACAGAUUGGCAAGCAAUUUGUCGAAAAACAAUCGGCUUAAUCGAAAGUCUCUUCAACCUCCAGGAUAUCAGGUUGUUACAGACGAAUUCAAGCAGCAGAUUCACAAGUACAUAUCAGAAAUGAGUCGAUGUGGAGAGCUUGCUAGUGCUUACAAGUUGUACGAGGAACGUUUUCUUGCUGAAUUAAAGACUAUCAUCAAAUCGUUUCUUCCAACGGAUAUUUUGGAGAAUAUUGGCCAACCAGAAACCAGUAUUUCGGGACGUUCCGACGAGACAAGGAGUACUACUACUCAGCGGAGUGGUAUGGGAGGGCUCAGCAAAAAUGUUCGUGCCAUGACACCAAAAGAAUUUGAAGAUAUGCUUGUUGGAAUAUAUACCCAGCUUUCUGAGGGUUUCCGAAGGUUGAUUACACAAAAGAAGCUUCUGCUAGAGAUGGGAUUGGAUUGUUUAGCGGAAUACGACAGCCGAUAUAUGGAUGAACAGCCGGAUGUUAUUCUUCAGUUGGAUAUUACCAAUGCUAUUACUGCUGCCAUCAAUGUGACUCAACGUCGGAUGGCCAAGCUUAUCAACGUCAGGGAGGUUCAGAACUCUUGUGUGACGUUAGACUAUUUUUUACGACUGUAUUCUGUAAAUGUGAUGUUUCUUAUGGAAUGCGAGUUGAUUUCUGGAGGCCGAAUUGCCAGUCCAGUACUUCAGGACAUUAUCAACAUUCAGUUUCAAAAGUUCACAGUUCAGUAUCAUCGUGCAAGUCUGAAAAUUCUUAGUGGAAAGAUUGAGAAGGAGACGUGGCGUGAAUGCUUAUUGCCUUCCUCGUUACAAAAACUUACAAAUCAGAUUGCGGAGGCUGCCAAAGACGGAUUUGACGAGUCCGUUUGGAUGAAUCCCAUGAAUUUAGAAUUAAGACCAGCAAAACCACGAGAAGAAGCUGAAGAAGAGAACGAUGAUAAGAACAUCGAUCCUACCCAAAGAAAAACCCUUAUGAUUGGCGACAAAUCUUACAUAGUUCCAGAAAUUGUUUCCACUGUACUAAGGAUGGUACAAAGCUAUGAAAUCAUUAAAAUGCAGUUUCCCAAAGUGGAUAACGGUAACAUUAUUGAGCUUUUCAAACUUGCGAACCUAAAAAUUCAUCAGUCUGUGCUGGGAGCUCAGGCCACACGUACGGCAGGACUCAGGAACAUUACAUCAAAGCAUCUUGCGGUCACAUCGCAGCUUUUGGGAUUUUUAUCUGCUUUAAUUCCUUCAGUUAUAGCUGCUUUUGAUAGGCUAUCUAAGGUUGGAAGCUUUGUAGAGACGGAAUUCAAGAAAGUGCAACAGAUGUUCAGUGAUCAGCAGACGGAGAUCUUCGAAAAACUUGUAUCUAUUAUGGUCGAUAGAGUGCGUGCACAGAGUAGUGAGAUACGGUCUACAGACUGGAGUACACCCUUACCAAGACAGCAGGUUCAUCAUUACAUGGAGAGCUUAGUGUCGAAGACCUUGACCAUUGCUCGGAUUCUUCUGAGGUACCUUCCAGAGUCUCAGUAUACACUAAUUCUUUCAAAGAUUUUUGGACAAUACAAGCGAGUAUUAACAGAUAUAUACUCACAAGUGAAGCUUAAAGAUUCUGUGGAUAAGGCAGUAAUGAUGAGAGAUGUUGAUUAUUUUAGAGAGAAACUGGCAGACGUUGCGGGGUAUGGAAACUCAGGGCAGAUCAUAUGGGAAAACAUAAAUGCUCUGGAGACAGAAGAAGACUCACGGACUCAGCAACCACAGCAAGUUUCAUUACCCGAAGAAAAACCGUUACCAAAGAAACCAGAGGCAGCAAAACCUGAAGCAGCAACGCCUGAAGCAGCAAAUCCUGGAGCAGCAGAGCCUGAAUCAGCAAAACCAGAGGCAGAAAAAGCUGAAUCAGCAAAACCAGAAGCAGCAAUACCUGAAUCAGAAAAACCUGAAUCAGAAAAACCUGAAGCAGCAGAACCUGAGGCAGCGAAGGUCAUAGUGACACCUUCCAUUUCUGAUCAAAGAGACAGAGAGCCUGAGAAGCAGAUUGGAAAGUCUUCAGAUUCAGGGGAAAGGGUAGAAGGUGCGGACAAAGAAGAAAUGGAGAAGUCUGAUGGAGAGUGGAAAAGAGAUGCAAAAUGCGAGGCAAACACUGAAGAGGUAGACAAGCCUAUAGAAGAGAAGGAUGAAGAAGUGAAGAAGGGUGAUGCGGUGGAGAAGGUUGGAGAGAAUAUAGAGGAAAAAGAUAUUAAGGAAAAUGCUGAGGAGGUCGAAGAAGAGGCGACUACGGACGUUGAAGUUGAAAAAAAGGUUAACAAGGAGAAAAUUGAACCUAAAGAAAGUAAAUCUAUGAGUUUAGAGGGAACUACGACGAAGACAUCGCUGCAAGAUGUGAGUCCAAAAGACAUUGGAAGAGAAGAGCCAUACAAUUCUACGGAAAAGAGUGAGAACGGGGCAAAUACCCCUACAAAAGAAGUAGGGCUGAAGGCAUUGAAGGAGCCGGAAAAUGGCAAUGGAAAAGAAGAAGUUGACAAUUCGAAAAAAACCGAAUAUUUGGGAGCAGAAACAGGGGAGAAGAUAUAUGAAUCUGUUAGGGGGUCGUCUACAGAGAAAUCACAAGAACCAGCGAAAUCAGAUAAAACAGAGUCAACCGAGACGCAGAUAUUAAAGCCAGUAGAGACAGCAGCUAUGACGACAAAUACCUCUUCGAAUCAAAGAAAAACGAAAAAAGAUAGGCGAAGAAAGAAGCUUGAAGAAGGUGAGGGAAUAGGGUAUGUAAAGGCAUUAAAGCAAGCGAUUAUGGGACCAGACGAAAUGGCCCAGUUCAACUCGAUUAUAGUGCUUGCCAAGAUGAUGGAUUAUCUCCCUAAAUCAGACCACAUUUUUUCUUUAUUUGACUCUAAACUAUUUGCCUGUUUAUUAGAUGCCUCGUGUAGGCCGAGCGCGGCGAACGAGGCAAUAAGGGCCGUGCUACGGAUAUGUCUUAUAUUUCUCUGGGGAGUGUUACCCGAGACCAAGCCAUCAAACAUGUACGAUCCUUUACUUUGGAAUGUCUGCAACAACCAUUCAUUUUUUGAAAACCUCUCGUCCAAAUUGUCGGAACAGGAUCUCAGAUUGGCAUUAGCGUCUGUGGAUUUUGUCUCCCAGUUGCUUUAUAGAACAUAUGAUCUCAAGAACCCGGACAUUAUAUUGUCUGAGAUUAGAUGUUUGAUGGACUCUCACUUCUUUGAUAGCAUUUCAAUGCUACCUUAUGAGUUCAAGAGUCGAUUAGACUCGUUCUCCGCCUUACGCAAGUCUUCUAAGUUGAUCCUCAAGUAUCUCUCAACUGCUCCGUUGAGAAACGAUCCUUUCAGCGGUCUUGUCAACGAAUGCAUACUGGUGAUAGAUCGGAUAUUGAAUGAAUGUGGAUCUGGCCAGAAAUUUAAUGGCAGGAGAAAUAGUACGGAUUAUUCGAAAGUUGGAUUACUAGAAACUGUCGAUCCUCAGCAUUACAUUCAACAAAACUUCUCAUCAGCAGCUGUUAUCGAUCUUAUUUACGUGCUCAGAAAUCCUAACAUGACAUUCAAGAAGAAUUUCUCUGAACAUACGAUGUUUGCCACCGCAAAAACAUACUUUCCACUUCUUAAGUUUGCCGUGGGAAUUACUAACCUUUUAAAUCAUCUAGAUUCCUCUAGGUAUCCGAAUAUCGCAUAUGUUUUUACCUACUUCAACGAUGAGCUUUAUUAUAGCUUUAUGUCCAGUGCACUUAAGUUCUGGAUGGCCUCGAAAGCAGAGGAGAAUGAUUUUCGCAGAAUUAUGGCUCUUCUAGAAACAUUGGUCGAUUACUGUGACUCGUUGAUGAGAUCUGAUCCAUUCUAUACAGUUACAGAACAGGUGGUGGGCCUCAAAUAUUCAGAGAUUAAGAAAUAUCAUCUCGAACAGUUGAAACGUAACAAGGCCACUUCAUGGAGUACUGCUAUGGAAAGUUUCAACAGGACAAUCGGACAACAAGUUCUUGAUUUUGUCAAAACUCAGAGGUUCGUAGGCCUUUCUAAAGGUUCUUGGGUCUAUAUAAAUAACCCGUUGGAUAAGGCUCCUGUUUCUGGUAAGCCAGUCUACUACUUUUUGGUGCUUUCUUCUAAUAACAAGUCCCUUAUUUACAAGGAAUUCACUAGAAAGCAUUCACAUGCUCCUAACAUUGAUAAGGAUGGAAUUAUUGUCGACUUUAAGAAUGUCGUAAAGAUUGAUUCCAAGUCAAUGACUCAGCAGGUCCAGAUUCAAAAUUUGAUCAACAUCGCUUCGAGAUUAAAUGUCAGUCGCAUAGACAUAUGCACUAAGGACGAGAAGGUAUUUUCGUUUUACGUUGACUCUCUUGGCUUGCUAUAUGCUUGGUUAGAUGGUGUCAAGAUGCUACUUAACGAUAAUUCUGCUCUUUCUGAAGAUACUAUGUACCAGAUCGAUGCGUUGACUAAAAUUCGCACCAAUGUCCAAUUAAUUGACUUGGAAGAUUCUGAAGAAAAGGUUGAUAAUGAUUCUGUGCAUAGUCGCAAUGCUGAAACCAAGUAUGACGCUACUCAACUUGAAAUUCUUGCUUCUCAUUUUUACUAUGAGUGA